AAAGUCAAAGUGCUCACUCGCUCGUCACUGGCGCAAGCUGGCUCUGAUGUUCAGAAACAACCCCGCAACUUGGACUCUGCCUUGCAUCCCUUUGAAAGGGCUAGAGAAUAUACUCGUGCACUAAAUGCAACAAAAUUGGAACGUAUGUUUGCUGCGCCAUUUAUCGCACAGUUAGGAAAAGGUCAUGUUGAUGGAGUUUACUCAAUGGCUAAGGAUCCAAACUCUUUACAGAGGUUUGCUAGUGGAAGUGGUGAUGGUGUUGUCAAAGUGUGGGAUCUCACAAGUCGAGAUGAAAUUUGGAGUACCACUGCCCAUGAAAACAUUGUCAAAAGUCUUUGCUGGACUAGAGAUCAAAAGCUUUUGACAUGCGCGAGCGACAGAUCUAUCAAACUUUUUGAUCCAUAUGACUCCUCUUCAGGAGCAUCACCUGCUGCAACUUGGCUAGGGUCAAACGCUUACACUAGCCUAUCGCACCAUCGAACAGCGAAUUCAUUUGCAGCCGCCUCCGGUAAUAUUACUAUAUACGAUGUCGAAAGACACACUGCACCACCGGAAGUUCUGAAAUGGCCAAAUUCAACGGACACAAUUACUGCAGUUUCUUUUAACCAAAUUGAGACGUCUAUACUUGCAUCAGUUGCUACGGAUAGAUCAAUUGUUCUAUACGAUUUGCGUACCUCCAUGCCAUUGGCUAGGACUGUACUAAACUUUGCCUCCAACUCUAUCUCUUGGAAUCCAAUGGAAGCAUUCAAUUUCGCAGUUGCAAAUGAAGACCACAAUAUUUAUAUAUUUGAUAUGCGAAAAAUGGACAAGGCCCUCAACGUUCUCAAAGAUCAUGUUGCUGCAGUCAUGGAUGUCGAAUUUAGUCCUACUGGAGAAGAACUUGUCUCUGCCUCUUAUGACCGAACAGUCCGACUAUGGAGUCGUAAUAAGGGCCAUUCGCGUGAUAUAUAUCACACGAAACGCAUGCAGCGGGUCUUUUCAUGCAAGUGGACACCUGACUCUAAUUUUAUUCUCUCUGGGUCUGAUGACGGAAACAUACGUCUAUGGCGCGCCAACGCAUCAAAAAGAGAAGGAAUCAAAAGUGCUAAGCAGAGACAAUCCCUGGAGUACAAUGAGGCUCUAAGUCAAAGAUAUGCACAUAUGCCAGAAAUAAAAAGGAUUAAAAGACAUCGCCAUAUUCCUAAAGUUGUGAAGAAGGCGGGAGAAAUUAAAAAUGAGGAAUUGAAAGCUAUAAAGAAGAGGCAAGAGAAUGAGCGAAAGCACACGAUAAAACAACAUCAGAAGCGGAAAAGUGAGAGACAAAAAAUGGUGUUGGCCUUAGAAAAAUAG